AGCAACAAAAUUUUUAUACAAACAGCGAACUUGCAAUUAAUAUUAAAAAAUUAAAUAAAUAGUAAAAAUGGAAGAAAUACGAAGUAGCUUAGACAAUAUAAUGGCACGCUUCAAUGAUAGUAUUACACACUCUGCGCCCAAGAAGCUCAGCUUCGACCGGCUCUCCAUGUCUUUCACCGAAGAUUCUGUCACAGUGCCAAAGAAACGACGCAUCGAUAGCUUGGACACCAGUUCAGCGAAUGCCAGCCUCAAUGCCAGUAAUACAUCACUGAAUAAUUCCUUCGCGGAUCCCGUGGGUCCUUGGCAGACACGUAAACUGCGCGCCGAACUCAUCGAGUCGAAGGCGAUAAUCAAUCAACUGCAGGACCAACUGGCACAGCAGGCAAAGGAGCAUCGAGGCGAGCUGGCUUUGGCCGAAAGCAAGGCGCAAGCACUCAAAGAGCAAUGCGACUACACGAGCAACAAGGUCAUUGAGCUGGAGAAGCAGCUGCAGGUGGUACGGAAGAGGGAGCACAGCGCUCGGCAGGAAGCGAAUCGGUUGGUUGCCGAAAUAGCCCAACAGAAACUCAAAUACGAGACGGCGCUCAGUCGUGUGGAGCAGGAGAAGGCGCAGAUGGAGGAGGAUGCACGGGAAGUGCAGCAUUGCAUCAACAAUGAGCUGAGCGAAUACAAGAGAAUGUGCGAGCGGGCCGAGCUGCAGCUGCGAGUGACCCAGGAGGAGUUGGAUAGCAUCAAAGAGCGCCACGAUGAAUAUAAAGAAACUGCUGCCAACUACGAGAAGCUACAGCUGGACUACGAAAUGCAGCUACAGACUUUGACAACAGCAAAUGCGCGCAUUAAGGAGCUGGAAUACGAAAUUCAAUCCUACGCCGACUGGAAAGAGGUGACCAAGACAUCGCAGGCCCGUUUGCUCAGUGUGCCAGAGCUGCAAGCCGAGCUGGAACGCCUGCGUGCGCACAACAAGCAAUUGAAUUCGUUGAUUGGGGACAAAUUGUUGCUAGAGGAACAGGUGCACGACUACAAGACGCGCCUGGAUCGGGAGGAGGGCGCUCGUGCCGAGGCAGCUGCACUGCAGGUGAAGCUGACGCAUGUGGAGCAGGAGCUGAAGGAGUGGGUGAAAAUUGCCCAAGAUCACUGUCUGGCCAACACGCUCGUCAGUCCCAUGGCGCUGCGCACUCGCAUCGAGCAGUUGCUCCAGGACGACAUUGUGCGCACCGCAGAGAAGAGCACUGCCGCCCUGGACACCAAACAACUGCAGACGUCGGUGCGUGAGCUGGAGCAGAAGUGUGCCGUCUACCUGAAGAACAUCGAUGAGAUGAAUGUGGUGCUCAAGCGCCACAAGAGUCUGCGCGAGCGGCUGCAGCGCAAGCUGUUGAUUGUGUGCAAGGAGCGCGAUUUCUACAAGCAGCUGCUCGAAAAUUUCGACAAAGAUCUCAAUAUGACGAAUGCGAGCACCGCUGAGAUGACCAACGAUAUGCAGGUGCGCUACCGUGUCGAGGUGCUGGAGCGUACCCUAACCGGUUACAAGGAGAUGUGCUCAACGCUCGAGCGAGAAAUGCAAUCGAUGCGACAGCAGGAGUCCCUCAAUGAUCCGCCCAUCAGUGAGAGCGGCUACGAUAGCGUGAAGCGAGAGCUGGACUCGCUGCGCAUGGAGAAUGAACGUCUGAGACGGCGCAAGGACGAACUGGAGCUGGAGAUGGAGCAUCGCUGUCUGCGCGGCGACUUCAACAUGGUCAACUACAAGGUGCUGCAUCUCAGCGAUAAUCCCGCCGCGCAGGCAUACGAGGCGACCAAGAAUGUGGUGGAAAAGCUGCAGGCGGAGAUCGAGCGCUUGAAGCGUCGCAACAAGAAGCUGGAGGAGGAUCAGGAACAGACACAGGCGCGCUUCAAUGAAACCUGCAGCAGCACCAAUACCGGCGGCGGCAUGACACUGAAUUUCAAGGAAUUCAAUCAGCUGCGCGCCGAACUGGACUCGGCCAAUGGCAAAAUGAAGAAGAUGAAGGAGUGCUUCAAGGCGGCCAGCAAAGAGUUUCGUGAUGUUUGCUAUAUGCUGCUGGGCUACCGGAUCGAUCGCGUGGGCGCCAACAGUCACUAUCGCAUUUCGAGCAUGUAUGCUGAGAGUCCCGAUGACUAUCUGUCCAUUAGCCUGAAUGAAUCGAACUGUUUGGCUCUGCUGGAGUCGCCGUAUUCGCAGACAUUGAAGCCGGCCAUCGAUCAACAAUUGGCAGCAAAUAAUUCAUUUCCCGCUUUCUUUGCGGCGCUCACCUUGGAGCUCUUCCAGCGUGCCACAGUCACAAUUAACUAAAGCGCACCAGCAUACACACACACACACACACACAC